ACUCAUUCCACAUCUUCAUUUGUGUAAAAAGAUAGAUUUCUUUAAGGAAUGCACACUAGCCGUAGCGCUCGUGCCUCCUCCUCGAGACAUCACAUCCGGGUCACUCGUCAGUCAGCGUGCAAGCGAGCGUGCUUCUCCAUACAGUUGCGUACUGCUGCUGCAGCUCCACCGCACGCAACAUGGACAUUACGAGCAGCGGCCAGGCGCGGAGGGUCUGAGGACGCGUCGGGACCGCCGAUACGCCACGCUGGGGCAGGGAUGCGGUGCCAUCCGACAGACGCACAUUGGUAGGCGAGUCAUCUGUCAGCGAUGUCCAAGAGUCUCAAGAAGAAGAACCACUGGACCAACAAAGUCCACGAAGCGGUGCUCUCCCGAAGCAAGGAGGGCGAGCUGGGGUUCGAGUUGAAAGGGGGCGCCGAGAAUGGCAAUUUUCCGUACUUUGGCGAGGUGAAGCAGGGCAAAGUGGCCAUCCAGAGCGGCAAACUGUCCCAGGACGAGCUGCUCUUGGAGGUCAACGAUACGCCGGUGGCGGGGCUCACCAUCAGGGAUGUGUUGGCCGUUAUCAAGCACUGCAAAGAUCCGUUCAGACUGAAGUGCGUAAAGCAAGGAGGUGUUGUGGAUAAAGAUCUCCGCCAUUAUCUCAACCUACGGUUCCAGAAGGGUUCAGUGGACCACGAGCUUCAGCAGAUCAUACGAGACAACCUCUACCUCCGGACUGUGCCGUGCACGACGAGACAGCCCAAAGAGGGGGAAGUCCCAGGUGUGGACUACAACUUUGUGAGCAUCGAGCGGUUUAUGGAAUUAGAGAAAAGUGGGGCCUUAUUAGAAAGCGGUACUUAUGAAGAUAACUUCUAUGGCACGCCGAAGCCUCCGGCCGAGCCUACGCCCAUGCUGUUUAAUGUGACGGACCAACUCUUGCCCGGUGCUCGACCCAGUGCAGAGGGAAAAAGGAAGAGAAACAAGUCCGUCAGCAACAUGGAAAAGGACAGCAUUGAGCCACCAGAAGAAGAGGAAGAAGACAGCCCUGUCGUCAAUGGCAACGGCAUCGCCAUCACACCAGAAUCAAGUGAGCAUGAAGACAAGAGCACAGACGCUUCAGGGGACGUGCCCGCCCAGCCGUGCCCACCUGAGACCCCCACCCUCACCGCCACGGAUGCUCCUGAAGAAGAAGGAGAGGCCCCCAAAUCCCCACAAGACUCCCAGGAAAAUGAUGAUUUGGGGCCCUUGCCGGACAACUGGGAGAUGGCCUACACGGAGAAGGGGGAAGUUUACUUUAUAGAUCACAAUACCAAAACCACAUCAUGGCUGGACCCUCGACUAGCGAAGAAAGCCAAGCCCCCAGAGGAGUGUGAGGAACAUGAACUUCCAUACGGCUGGGAGAAAAUAGAUGACCCUAUUUAUGGCAGUUACUAUGUCGAUCACAUUAACAGAAGGACACAGUUUGAGAACCCCGUCCUUGAGGCCAAGAGAAGAAUGCAAAUGCAAGGUCAAGGUCUAUCAUCGCUGCCUUUGCCCACCAUAUACAGAGAAAAGCCUGCGUUCACGAGGGAUGCCACACAACUUAAGGGAACGUUCCUCACUACGGUUCUGCAGAAGAGCAACAUGGGGUUUGGCUUCACCAUCAUUGGGGGAGAUGAACCAGAUGAGUUCCUACAGGUGAAGAGCGUUAUACCUGAAGGACCUGCUGCACAGGAUGGCAAGAUGGACACAGGUGAUGUCAUCGUCUACAUCAAUGACAUCUGUGUAUUGGGCACCACCCAUGCUGAUGUGGUGAAACUUUUUCAGUCCGUUCCCAUCGGUCAAAGCGUCACUCUGGUGCUAUGCCGUGGUUAUCCUUUACCCUACGACCCCGAGGACGCCUCUGCUAGCUCCACCAUGCCCCCUUUGGGCUUAGUGGAUCAUCCAUUGCUCCUCAAUGGACGGAACAACUAUGAAAAUUACAUGGAGUACAUGUCUUUGACUGGCCGCUUAGUACCUGAGCAUGGCGAGGGGCUCCCCCCGCAUCCCGGAGACACCCACUUGGAUGGCUCCCAGCCUCCUUCGCUGAACACUCCAGGACCCCCACCCGAUGACAGCAUCUCCAUGGCUUCGUCUUCGGGAGCGACAGCUGGAGCCCAAGUGCCCCCUGAGCUCCUGAGUCUCACUAUAACCAAAGGUGCAGAAGGUUUUGGGUUCACCAUAGCGGACAGUCCCACAGGACAGCGGGUCAAACAGGUUCUGGAACCCCAGGGCUGUCCGGGGUUAUGCGAAGGAGACCUAAUGGUGGAGAUUAAUCAGAAGGGUCUCCAGGGACUCGACCACACACAUGUGGUCCAGCUGCUGAAGGACUGUCCGGUGGGAACAGAGGCUACGCUUGUCAUUCAGAGAAGACCAGCAGCAGGUCUCUUCACAUCCUGGGAUCCAACAAAACAGUGGGACCCUCAAGGAAGCCCUCAGACGAGCCUGUCAACCACCCUUCACCCACACGGUGCCCCACACCCCGGCCAGACCCUCCAUCGCUCGUCUGUUCCAGACACAGAGGGCUUCCACCUGGGCAAGCCCGACCCCUAUGACCUCUAUGAGAAAUCGCGCGCCAUUUACGAAAGCAGGCAGCCUCUUCCACCUCGGACAUUACUGGACUCUACAGGUGUCGAGUACCAGGAAGUGGAGGUGCACCUGCUGCGGGAGAAGACCGGCUUCGGAUUCAGGAUCCUGGGCGGAGAUGAGGCGGUGCAAGCAGUGAGUCCGGAGGCCCGUGACAAGAUUGUAAUCGGAGCGAUCAUAGAGAACAGCCCCGCAGAGCGGGACGGCAGGCUGCGCCCGGGAGACGAGCUGGUCUCCGUCGAUAGGAUGCCAGUGGGGGGGAGACCGCACCGUUACGUCAUCGACCUCAUGCACGCAGCUGCACGUAACGGACAGGUCACCCUGACCGUGAGGAGGAGAGUUUUGACGCAGCAGGGUCAGCCAUCCGAGGAAAACGGUGCAGUGGCCAAUCAAAGCAGCUCACCUAGAGGCCACGCGGUGUGUCCGGUCAACCUGCCACCCACCACUGAUGUAGUUAUACACCGCAAGGAGAGCGAAGGCUUUGGUUUUGUCAUCAUCAGCUCGCUAAACCGACCAGAGACCACAACUACAAUAACUGUGCCACAUAAGAUCGGCCGCAUCAUUGAGGGCAGUCCGGCCGAUCGCUGUGGGAAGCUGAAGGUUGGUGACCGUAUUAUGGCUGUCAACUGUCAGUCUAUCAUCAACAUGCCUCAUGCUGACAUUGUCAAACUGAUCAAAGACGCCGGACUGACCGUCACCUUGCACAUCAUCCCUGAGGAAGACGUGAAUGGUGCUCAUUCAGGCCCUGCGUCGGAGAAGCAGAGCCCUUUGGUGGCCCAGAAGCACAGUCCACAGACCCAGUCCAGCCCGGCAGCCCAGCAGAGUCCAACCUUGACUCAGCCCAGCCCACCUGCUCCUCAUCCCAGCCCAGCUACCACACAACCCAGCCCCCUACUAGUGGAGCCAAGCCCUGGAGCUCCACACAGCAGCCCACCCGUGAGUCAGCCCAGUCUGGAGGCCAUGCAAACAGGCUCAGUGGUCACUCAGACUGCAGCUGCUGCUGCUGUGGAUCCAGGUGGACAUGGGGUCCAGCCCAGUAUGGUCGGAUCAGUGCCAGUACCGCCUCAACUGUACCUACAUGACACACGGUCGGAGGUGAAAGCUAGACAGGAUGUUAAACCUGACAUCUGCCAAGCCGCAUACACGGACUACAGACAGCCUCCGGUGGACUACAGACACCCACCUGUAGCAGACUACAGACAGCCACCGACCAUGGAGUACAGACAUCCACCUGCACUUAUAGACUAUAGACAACACUCCAUCGCUGAUUACCGACCACAGGACUAUGACUAUUUCACUGUGGAUCUGGAGAAAAGUGUGAAGGGAUUCGGCUUUAGUAUUCGAGGAGGACGUGAAUACAAAAUGGACCUGUUUGUUUUGAGGCUGGCUGAAGAUGGACCCGCGAUCCGCAAUGGGAGAAUGAGGGUUGGAGAUCAGAUUAUCGAAAUUAACGGUGAAAGUACGAGAGACAUGAGCCACGCCCGUGCCAUUGAACUCAUUAAAGCUGGUGGUCGACGUGUACGUCUGCUGUUGAAACGGGGCACAGGACAGGUGCCAGAUUAUGGAAUGGUACCUACCAACCUUUCCAUGUGCAUGAAAAGUGACACUCUAGCCUCACCCUAUUUCUUCAUAAUGGGACACUCUAAAGACACGACAGUGCCACCACCCGGAGUCCUGUCUCUCCAACCACCCCUGCCUUGUCGGAAGUAGUUUUACCCCAAUAAAGUGACAGUCGCCCUUCAUCCCAUCCAGCCUCGAACCCCGGACACGCCCUUACUGGCUCCUCCUCGCGGCACGCUGCCUCUUUGGUGGGCGUUCGCCCAAAGGACAGAGGGUGGCGGGUCCACCUGCAGGAGCUCAGAUGAACUAAAAUGGGUUGAGACGGAUUUCAUAAAAGUGAAAGAUUUUUACACACAGAUGGAGACUUAUUAACCUCAACGGAUUGUUGCGUCCCACUUACUUUUCAUGAAUCUACCGUACCAGUUUUUGUAUCGAUGAUCCAGUUACCGUCCAUUUUGGAUUCACACUGAGAAACGGGCUGAACUCUCAAAGCCCUUUCUUCUGUCCAGUGGACCCAGUCUCUCUUUAUUCGUAUAUCAUGUGGAGGUUGUUUAUUUUUUUUGGAUCGUUCACACCACCGUCCCUAAUGAUGCCGGGGGUUAAAUACUGCAAAAUAUAUGUGUAGCAUGAAAAGAGAUUUCAGAGGAAAUCAAGUAUACAUGACUUGAACACCACAUAAGUAUUGAGUUUUGUUAUCUGUCUGGUGGAAACACUGAAACGCUGACAAUAAACAUACAGAGGACACAAACAGACAAGGUAUAGUAUGACGCCAACCCGUUUGGGCUGAAUUAUGGGAAAUAUACCAGGAAGUAAAUGCAUAUCAAUCAUCAAAUCUACUGCAUGGAUUUAUCCCUUUACACACCAAUAACAAACCCAUGACAGUACACAUAUUGGUAUAAUUUAGGUCUAAUGGCAAAGUUGCCAUACCCAGAUGUACAUUCGGUAACAUAUCACGAACUGAAACUGAAGAGGACUGCUAUACUGUCUUUUUUAUAAGGCUUAAAAGCAAACAGUUUUGCAUCAUUCCAGCCUCAUUUUCUCUGUACUGUGCUUCAUGAGUACCGCCACUGUGGAGUCGGGGUACCAUUCCAGACCUCACGAGCAUCAUUCCCAAAUCCCUGAUGGUUCCAUAGUUCACAGAAGGGAAUUAGAUGAUAGAACUGGGCGGCAAGGUGAGAAUGAUGAUUUUUUUGGACUGUUUGAUGUGAAACAGGAGAAAUGUAGUCAUGGUGUCCUAACCAGAUUUGAGCAAUAACAAACUGUUGGCCUGUUUACAAUGGGAUUGAAAAAAAGUGGUACAUGACAGCCCAUGAUAAAAUACGUUAUGCUUGAUACGUAGUUAUGUAAAAAUUAAUAAGAUGUCUCAGUCAGUUUUUUUAAUCGGGGUUCCCACAUUUCUGGAAUAUCAUGGAAUUUUACAUCUUUUCCAGACAUUGAAAGUCAGGGAGUUUUAUAUAUUUUUUGUUCAAGUCAUGGAAUAUCAGGGAUUUUAGUUUUGUUGAUUUUAAAUUUUAGUAAUCCGCUUGUUAACUUGUGACAAAAGGAAUACUAUUUCCGGGUCCAAGCCUCCGCUGACUACAAUUUAAAAAGCUGUUUAUUCGCACUGUUUAUUCAUUUUAUGCAUUUAAACUACAUUUUUAUAAACUCAAAGUGUAUAUAUAUAUUAUCUAGAUUAUCCCACAUUAUCCAGGCUCACGGCAUCCCGGACAUAGAUGGAAAUGUAGCUUUUUAGUCAGGGAAAGUCAGGGAAUUUGCCUUGAAGUGGGAACCCCAUUUAAAUAAUCAUAUGUACUCGCAAAAUAAGCAUGCUUGGUAUUUUGCGAACAAAUGUGACCCGUCCACAAAAAAAUUCAUUUAUUUUGUCUGAUGGCAUGGGUUACGAAUUAUUUUUCUGUUAUACUGAUGAAUGUUAUAUAAAGAUAUUCCAUUUUACAUUCCAGUUAAUUCCCAAGGAAUAUCUCAACACUCAUAAAUACAUCACAAUACGGAUCUUUUUUGUUGAAUUAUCUGCAAUUUGCAUUGAACAUCAAUUUCUUUAGGCGGCCAUGUUUGCAACACCUCCAGGCAGUUUUAAAAGAGCACCUAUUUCAUUGCUAAAAAACUUUAUUUUUGUGUAUUUGGUAUAAUACCAUGUGUGCGUGUGGUUUGUGGUUACAAAAACACAUUAUUUUCCACAUACCGUACAUUUUUGUGGCUCGAGAUUUUACUCGCUUCCUGAAAUCCACGGAUUUGAAAAGCUCU